UCCGCGUUGCCAUGGCAGCCUUUGACGUCAGCGCUGCUCAGCCCCUGCCCCUGCUCCAGGGAAGCUGUGAGUGGGUGGGAGACCCCGUGGAUGCGUCCGGGAAGAGCGCGCGGAUUGAGACUGUCAACUGGGCUGCAACGAACAUCACCGGGCUGAGAAAGCGAUCAUCAUGGAUAAGAGCGAGCUUGUGCAGAAAGCCAAACUGGCCGAACAGGCCGAGCGUUACGACGACAUGGCCGCCGUGAUGAAGCAGGUGACGGAGAAGGGAGAGGAGCUGACGGACGAGGAGAGGAAUCUGCUCUCGGUGGCCUACAAGAACGUGGUGGGAGCGUGCCGCUCAGCGUGGAGGGUCAUCUCCAGCAUCGAGCAGAAGAUGAAGGCGGAGAGCAGCGACAAGGAGCAGAUCGCCAAAGAGUACCGCGAGAAGAUCGAGUCCGAGCUGCAGUCCAUCUGCAACGACGUGCUGCAUCUUUUGGACAAGUUCCUGAUCCGCACCUCGUCCCCAGCUGAGAGUCAGGUGUUCUACCUGAAGAUGAAAGGAGAUUAUUACCGCUACCUGGCCGAGGUUGCCGUGGGAGACAACAAAACCAGCAUCGUGGAUAAAUCCAGGGAGGCGUAUCAAGCUGCGUUCGACAUCAGCACAGAGCACAUGCAGCCCACUCACCCCAUCCGGCUCGGCCUCGCGCUAAACUUCUCCGUCUUCUACUACGAGAUCCUCGGCUCGCGCGAACAGGCCUGCGAACUCGCCAAGAAGGCAUUCGAUGAUGCGAUUGCUGAGCUGGACCAGCUGACUGAGGACUCGUACAAAGACAGCACUCUGAUCAUGCAGCUGCUCCGAGACAACCUGACACUGUGGACUUCAGACAAUCAGGAGGAGACGGAGGAGGGCCGAGAAAACUAAAACACAACAGAAAUUCUCAAAGAAAAACUGCUGAGAGCCUGAUACACACUCUCUGCUCCUCUGCACCAGCCUCUCCUGUGUGUUUGUGUGUGUGUGUGUGUGUUUAGAAGGGUGGGGUUCAUUUAGAGAUUUGAUCAUUCCUUGGGGCACAAAAUGGAGAGAGGGAUCAUUUUUAAUAAACUGGACACGUGUGUGUGUGUGUGUGUGUGUGUGAAGGAGAGGUUCUGCUUAUUCGAGGUUCAGUGAGAUUCAAUCAGAGAUCAGACUCCAGUCUGAAGCGAUACAUCGAUUUUAAAUCCCUGUAUUGUGACGAUUGCCAAACUUUUUAUCGUGGUUCAUGACAUUAUUGUAAUAAUCUAUUUAACGGUUUACACACAAUAUUUUCUAAAAGUCUGAUGAUCAAAUGAUUGGUUAUUGGCACACACACUCAUCCACGAGCUUCGCCUUUCCGCUUUCACUGGACACUAAAAAGUCGACCACUACAGCAGAACAUCCACGAUCCUACAGUUUAAUGUCCAAAUACUUUUGUUUUUUUUGGUUUUAAAUGCAGAAAAACGCUUUUUAUUUGUAAUGAAUGAGGGAUUUGUUGACCUGUGCAGGUGAAACCCGCGGCUUUACUGCGUAAUAUUAUCAUGAGAAGAUUUUCAGGGUUAAGUUAGUGACCAGACGUGUAGAGGUCAGAGGUAAACAUCUCUGUUUCUUCUCCAGCGUCAGAUUCUACAGCUGUUCUUUCUGCGCUACGCUACUGCUGAGGGGUUUUCCACUGUGUUUCAUCGUCAUCUCGUGUGUGUGUGUGUGUGUGUGUGUGUGUGGCUCAGGUCAGUUAAACAGGGUAAAUGUCCAGCGUUGGAUCCAGCAGUGUCUCUGUAGCACACCUCCGCGUGUCGGUCAUAACUCUUACUGUUAGCGCUAAUCCUGUGGGACGGGUUCAAUUCAGACAAAUAAAGAACAAACAAAAACAUA